CAAUCUUCGAAUUCGGCCAUAUUUUGUCCAACCCUCUCGCCUGAGAGAAACAAAACCAGAAGGAAAAAGAAUAACAACCCCGGCUUCGUAUCAGAGAUCCCAGGGAAAAGAGAGAAGACCGAGAGAGCGGGAAAGGAACCAGAAAUGGCGAUGGCGAGGGCAAGCUCUGGCCUCGCGUAUCCGGAGCGAUUCUAUGCAGCCGCGGCGUACGCUGGAUUCGAUGGAUCUCCCAAUUCAACCGCUGUUGUCACCUCCAAGUUCCAGAGCGACACUGCUUUACUCCUCUACGCCUUGAACCAGCAGUAUAUACGGGAUUCAGAGAUCUACUCCGAAACAUGGGGUUCCUUCCUUUUUUCAUUUUCCCCAUUCAAGGGCCAAUGCAACCUUGUUUGAUCUUGCUGUUCACUAUAUGAUACCAGGCGACAGUUGGACCAUGCAACACUCCAAAACCUAGUGCGUGGAAUGCUGUGGAGCUAAGCAAGUGGAAGAGUUGGCAGGGCCUUGGGAACAUGGUUACUACCGAAGCAAUGCGUCUCUUUGUGAAGAUAUUGGAGGAAGAAGAUCCCGGUUGGUAUUCUAGAGCAUCUAACUUUGUUUCUGAGCCUGUUAUAGAUAUGCCAGUGAGUCACAACUCCAAAGCUGAGCAUGCUGUCGAGAAUGGCAAUGCUUUGCCAGAGACUAAGACUGUAGCUAGUGAGAAUGGGAAUGUAAUGGAAACUCAGGACAAAGAUGUCGUUUCCGAAGGGCUUGGUUCAAUCCUUGUGUAUGACCAAUGGAUUGCACCUCCAAUAAAUGGUCAACGCCCUAAAGCCCGAUACGAGCAUGGGGCAGCAGUUAUCCAAGAUAAGAUGUAUAUAUUUGGUGGAAACCAUAAUGGGCGUUACCUAAGCGAUCUUCAUGUUUUGGAUCUGAGAAGCUGGACUUGGUCAAAGGUCGAAUCAAAAGUUGGAGCUGAACCUCCAGAGUCUGCUUCUCCGUCUAUAUUAGCACCUUGUGCUGGUCAUUCUGUGAUACCAUGGGAAAAUAAGCUUAUAUCAAUUGCUGGCCACACGAAGGAUCCUUCUGAGACCAUUCAGGUGAAAGGAUUUGAUUUAAAAACUGGUACCUGGUCAAUGUUAAAGACUUAUGGGAAGCCACCGGUCUCACGUGGGGGACAAUCCGUCACCCUAGUUGGAACAAGCUUAGUGAUCUUUGGUGGAGAAGAUGCAAAAAGAUCUUUGUUAAAUGAUCUUCAUAUUCUUGACCUUGAAACUAUGACCUGGGAUGAGAUCGAUGCUGCUGGGGUGCCUCCUUCUCCUAGAUCUGAUCAUGCUGCUGCAGUACAUGCGGAGCGUUACUUACUUAUCUUUGGAGGGGGCUCGCAUGCAACCUGCUUCAAUGAUCUUCACGUGCUUGAUCUACAAUCAAUGGAGUGGACAAGACCUACGCAACAAGGAGAUAUACCAACUCCACGGGCCGGACAUGCAAGUGUGACAGUUGGAGAGAAUUGGUUUAUCGUUGGUGGGGGAGACAACAAAAGUGGGGCAUCUGAAACUGUUGUGCUAAACAUGUCUACUCUUGUAUGGUCUGUUGUUACAUCUGUUCAAGGUCGCGUUCCUGUUGCCAGUGAGGGUUUGAGUUUGGUUGUGAGCUCGUGCAACGGCGAGGAUAUUCUAUUGUCCUUUGGAGGAUAUAAUGGUCGCUACAACAGUGAGGUCAAUGUCCUUAAACCAAGUCACAAAUCAACCUUGCAAUCGAAGAUCAUGGAGACUCCUGCGCCUGACAGUGUUUCCGCUGUGCACAAUGCAACAAAUGCAACAAGGGAUUUGGAAUCAGAUUUUGAAGUCGGUCAAGAUAGCAAAAUCAGAGAAAUCGUUGUGGAUAAUGGUGAUCCAGAACCCUUGGUAUGCAGAAAUUAUGAAUCCAGUCUCAAAUCUAGAGCCAAUGGGAAUAAUGAAAAUUUCUUAGUGACCUUGAAGGCGGAGAAAGAAGAAUUGGAAUCUUCUCUUACCAAGGAGAAGAUGCAGACUGUUCAAAUAAAACAAGAACUAUCCGAAGCUGAAAAUCGUAACACUGAGCUUUACAAGGAACUCCAAUCUGUCCGUGGUCAACUUGCUUCCGAGCAGUCAAGGUGUUUUAAAUUGGAGGUAGAUGUUGCUGAACUACGACAAAAGCUGCAGACGAUGGAGGCGCUGCAGAAGGAGCUCGAGCUCCUGCAGCGCCAGAAGGCCGCCUCUGAACAAGCUAUGAGUGCUAAGCAGCGACAGGGAUCUGGAGGGGUGUGGGGUUGGCUUGCUGGUUCCCCCGGCCACCGAGAUGAAGACGAUUGAUUCAAAAGAAGCCUGGAGGACCCAACUCUUGUCUAGUAAAAAACAUACCUCAGUAGAGAGAAAGAAUACUUUUGCCUAGAUUUUUUCCCCUUCUUUCUGUGCCCUCCCCAUUUGAUCCAAAUGUUGUCCAAAAUUAUAUUUUUGGUUCUUCAGAUAUAUGCCCCCCAUUUGGCCAUUUUCUUUUGGGUAUCAUAUGAAUAAGUCUUUUUUCAGGUCUUCAAAGUCCUCUACCGUAUAUGGGGGGAAAUGUAUGGAUGAAUAUGUAUUGCCUAUUUAGUGUUCUUUUCUGUAACCUAAACAACAUUGUUUGAGAGAAAGCAUUGAGGUUUCAAUUGUUUGCCAAUAGGAAUUUGUAAUGAGAUUUGCUUGAAAACUGCAUUCUUUAGGGGUUGAAUAUUAUUUAAUUUCCCCGAUCAUUUUCUAUUGCAAGUUUGGUUACUAGAAUUACUAAAAAA